AUGGCAGCCGCUACUGGUGUACCUUACGUGGUUCCACCCCCAGAUGAAGAGGAAUUGGUGCUCAGCAAGCUAGUGUUUGGUGACACCUCUGAUUUUCGGGGAAACUUGGCUAAUGUCACUCUCUUUGACGAUGGGUUUGGAUCCGACGCUGAUGUAGACAUGAUCGGUGAACAAAGCGAAGAUGACGAGGAGGAAAACGAUGAUAUGGACCGUAUCAAUGAUGACCAGCUAUUUUUUGUGGAUGACGGCGGUGAAGGAAACGACGAGGUUGUGGACGAUGCUCGCGAAGCGACGGAUGUAAGUGACGAAGAAAGCUCAGAGUCGAGUAGCGAUGCUUGGACGGAUUCCGAGGACGAGCGCAUCACUGUACCCAUUAUGUUGACGAACAAAACAAAAAAGCUUCGGACUUCCUACACAGACACAACAAUAAACGGAAAAGAAUAUGUCAGGCGUUUGAGAGCGCAGUUUGAAAAGAUAUAUCCCAAGCCUAAGUGGGUUGAUGACGUGAGUGAUGAUGAAACAAUCGAAAAUGACAUGGCCUCAGAUGAGGAAGAUCUCGAACAAGCGAUUGAUGGAGACAUUCAUGCGCUAUCGAAAGUCCUUCAGAGUACAUUUUCCUACAAAGACACUACUUCGAAGCUGCUGCCAGCGAAAAACCUUGACAUCACCCGUUUAAAAGAUGCGAAUGCUUCACAUCCUUCACAUUCUGCUAUUCAAUCUCUUUCUUUCCAUCCUUUGAAGCCACUGCUUUUGACUGGUGGUUAUGACCGUACUUUGAGAAUAUACCAUAUCGAUGGUAAGAAUAAUCAUUUGGUGACCAGUCUUUACAUAACGAAAACACCGGUUCAAACUUGUACCUUUUAUGUGACUCCUUCGCAUGAUGAGCAAAGAAUUUUCACAGCAGGAAGAAGGCGGUACAUGCAUUCUUGGGAUAUCUCCAACACGAACACUCAACAAGCAAAGAUUGAAAAGAUAUCGAGAAUGUACGGGCAUGAAGCAACUCAAAGAUCAUUCGAGAAGUUUAAACUAGCACAUUUGCAACGGGAAAAUGGCAAAAUACAUGGAGUCAUCUUGUUACAAGGUAACAAUGGUUGGAUCAAUGUGUUACACGCCACCACGGGAACGUGGAUCACGGGCUGUAAGAUUGAAGGUGUUCUGGUCGAUUUUUGUGUUGACUACAAGUCCCUUCCAGGCGGCGGUUUUCAAACUAUAUUGAUUGUGGUCAACACUUAUGGUGAAAUUUGGGAAUUUGAUUUGUCCAAACAAGGCAAGGUUCUCCGCACAUGGCAAGAUGAAGGAAGCGUUGGUGUGACAACCAUUCAAGUCGGAGGAGGAACUAACUCUUCACAACUUCUUCCAUUCAAGAAAAUAAGGCAUAAUAGAUGGUUGGCCAUCGGUAGUGAAAGUGGAUAUGUCCAUGUAUACGACAGAACACAAUCUUCCAAAAGCCCAGUUGCGAAACUAGAUCAACUGACAACCUCCAUUUCAACUUUGGCAUUCUCUCCAGAUGGUCAGAUUUUAUGUAUGGCAUCCCGAGCAACAAAAGACGCCCUGAGACUUGUGCAUUUACCCUCCGGCAAGGUAUAUUCUAACUGGCCAACCAGUGGUACACCCUUAGGUAAAGUUACUAGUGCUGCUUUUUCCCCUCGUGGUGAAAUGUUGGCUGCUGGUAACGAGCAAGGCAAGGUGAGGCUAUGGAGAUUAAAUCAUUAUAUAUAG